UUUAAAUAUCUCUGCAUUUAAACAUAUUAAAACCACUUGCAGAUGUAUAUAUAUUUGCCCAUAGAUAACUAAAAAGGAAAUCCGUAAUCAAAAUAAAUCUGAAUAAUUAAUUAUUUCUUUCAUGGUACUUGGUAUUGACGUUAAUUUUGCACCGUUAUAGACGGAAAAAAGUUAUUGAUAGUUAUAAAGGACACUUAAAUCCAUGUUUUGUACUAUAAAUUCAUAAAACAGAGUUACACUAACUUCCUGUAAUUCAACAAAUUAUUAAGAGCUUUUUAAUGAACUUUUGGUAUUAUUGCUAAAAAAGGACAAAUACUGUUGCAUAGAACAUGUCGUUAAUGGGAUCGGUAUUAAUCAUUAUUCAAAUUAUAUUGACGGUUUCUGCAAAAGAUUGUAACAGGAAUAAAUUUAGGUGUUGCUACAAUGAAUACUUUGACGCAAAUACUGGUCAAUGUAGCGUGUGUAUGAAUGGAAGCAUUGGAUGGAAUUGUGGAACACCCUGUAUGUCAGGAUUCUAUGGUUAUCUCUGUUCAACGCCAUGUGAGUGUGAAGCUCACCUGUGUGAUAUUCAGACUGGAUGUCAGCCACGACAGGAACAAAAAUAUUCUUCAAUAGCCCCGAACAGUAACGGAAUAGACCUCACCUUAAACAGAUCACAAAACGAAAGAUCAAUCAAUUCUGCGCAAGAUUCUACAAGAUAUCGCCUUUUAAUUAUGGUCACUUUUGGCUUUGUGGUUUUUAUAAUGACAGUCGUUAUUCCAGCUAAUGUUUUAUACCUGCGAUGGAAAAUUAAGCGAGAUAUAAAAAUGGCGACGAAAAAUUCUUCAGAAAGAAAUGACACAAUUCGCCAAAACUAUUGUACACUUCGCCAUUUGACUAGCAGUCAUCAAGAUCUGAUCAAUAAUGAUGCUUUGAACUCAGCUUACGAUGAAUUACAUUGUUCAUACAUGUAGGUUUUUUUCAUUUCUGUAACAUUUAACAAUCAAAUGGAAAAAAAGGAAAAACAAAAGGCUAGUGGUAGAUUACACUUUCCUCAGUAUAUCAAACAUACUACAUAUAUACUGAUGUAUUUAGAAGAAAAUGCUUUGAAUAUUACAUUACAUUAACAUUUUUACAGUGCUAGAUUAAAUUUGAUUGUAACUUUUUAAAACUUUUUUUUUAAUGUUAACUGUUUCUUUUAAUAAGUCAAUCAGGUUUGUGUUAUAUACAGAUCGUUAAAAUUAUGAGAAGUUGA